AUUCCGUUUACGUCCGAAUCCCCUUUAUCUUCACUUUCUUCAUUUCAUAUUUCUUUCGUCUUUCUCUUUCCUUCCUCUGAUGAAGUACCCUUUCCAGCAACAUCAAUACUCACAGGUCCCUCAACUCCAAGUUCCUUCUGUUCCUCCCAAUCCUCCACCAACCCAACCUCCUCAACCACAGCCAACAGGCCAAGCCCUCGCUGCACAACGUACUACCCAAUUAAUCGCACAAGGCCAGUUCUCACCAAUAGAACCUGAGAAGCAAUACCCAGCUCAGCAAUCCCAACCCCACUUCUCGCCUCCACCAACCCAGUCCCAAUUCCAAAUUCAGCAACCUCAAUUCCCGCCUACCCCACAGUUUUCCCAGGGUCAGACGAGCCAGGCGAGGCCACAGAGCCAGUUCACGCAUGGCCAGACACAAUCCCAUCAUCCUCAUGUCCCGUCUCAAUCGCACCCCCACGUUCCAACCCAAUCUCAUCCUCACGUCCCGUCGCAAUCGCACCCUCAUGUUUCGACCCAAACUCAUGUCCAACCUCAGGUCCACGCCCCUCCGAAUCCACCCCAACAGUCUCAACACUAUCCAACGGGGCCGCCAGACCCGUAUUACCUCCAGAACGAUAUGUAUUAUGCGAUGAACACGCAAGGGAGUCGGAGUGUGCCUACUCUUCAUUCAACUCACGCGCCCGCGCCUACGCCACACGCGCAUUCAAUGUCUCCACACUCGCCUUAUGCGACGUUUGGGCCUCAUACGCCACCUACGAAUUCGCAUACGCCUUCUAGUGAUGGGGGCCCGUUGCUUGGACUCCCUCGCUCUCACGACUCUGUCUCCCCGGCCUCGUACGCAAGCCACCCUACGUCCUCCUCAUUCGACGAUUCGUCUUCGGGGCAUCCGGCUUCAUCUGCUAGCUCGGGUAACGUACAUAUGGCUUCUCAGGGUAUGGGCCAUGCUGCGACUUCGUCGAUCUCGACUGUGACCCCAGGAUCGCCGCCAACCGUAGCAGCGCCACAGCAACAACAACCACAACAGCGUGUGCAGAUGCGCCCGCGCACGAUCAUGCCUACUACUGCAGCAACGACCACAAUGUCUCAGGCAGGUCCUGCACGCCCUGCAAUCGUACCGAAGCCGCCCGCUGCUCGGCCUGCAGCAACCCGAAGAGCCCGUGCUCCAAAGCGACCAAGGCCAUCAACAUCUCAAGGCGCGGGUGGGGGUGGUGACAGUGAUGAUGACAGCGAUGAUGACGACGUAGUAGAAUGGGCUGGACCAUCUAUGCCUCCGCAAGGCGCGGCUACAGGGAUGGGUCAACGCAAGUCAGUGACUUUGUACUUUUAUCGAAUCGGGAAUAGUGUGCUGAUCGGGCUGUGUUUUGUACGUUUUCUUCCUUUUCUGUUUCCUCGCCUGCUUCGUGGACGCGUCGUUCUGGGGUCGUGUUUCUGCAAAUGGUUUGGUCCGAUGGCGCUUGUGUGGUCACUAAACUCGUUUGUGUCGGCGCGACGUCACUGUUCUGAUCUUGUGCACGCUCGAUACUGCUGGCCCUGAUGACGACUGCUCCUGGUUAUGUCAAUUGAUGGCCCCGAUACUAACUAACUCGAUCGACAUU